AUGCGUUUCGCAAGUUGCGCCGUGUUGGCCUUGUUGCCGUUCUGCUUGCACGCCGCCGUCGUCGUGUCCGGCGAUAGCGACAACUACCUGCAGCAAGAACAAAAGCCUGUGGAGUCAACCGGAAACGGAAACUGGGCGAUGGUCACCAGGAUGGCCGACGAGUGUGCCAAGGAUGCGGAUACAGCAGCUUGCGUGGCCGUCAAAGCAGCAGCUGCCCUGGAAAGAGCUGCCCGAGCCACCGGUCCCGUGCAAGUGUUGCCUGGUCUUACCGUAAUGAAGAACACCGAUGAAGGAUCUUCGUCGCAGAGGGAUUCACGCGCCCUGCCCACCGAGGACGAGCUCCGCGGACAGUUGCAACAGCAGCCGUCGAAGGUCACCGACAUGGUCGUCAACUCAGCCAUCAGAUUCCUCCAGUCCAGGACCCUGCAGCUCAAGUUCCCGCAAACCAACCCCGAAGAGCUGUCCCGGGCUAUUGAAGAAGGUCGUGGCAAACUCAAGAAGAAGAUGAUGCCCAUCCUUGGAUUCCUGGCCGUCAAAAUCGUUGCCGUGUUGCCAAUUCUUUUGGGAAUCAUUGGAUUCUUCGCACUCAAGGCGUUGGUAUUCGGCAAGUUGGCCCUGCUCAUCGCCGGUGUGAUGGCAUUCCAGAAGUACGCUGGAGCAUCCGGUGGCUUCGGCAAGAUCGCAGACACAUGGAGUGCCGGUAACGUUCAGGCCGCCCCAUGGUCCGCACCCGCCGCCCCCAGCACCAACGGUGGUGGUUACUACAGACGUAGCAUGGAGGCCCAACAGAUGGCGUACAACGGACAAGUACAACCGUCCGCCCAGACUGUCGCGUAA